AUGACUGACCAGGUCCUUGGGAACAAGAGUAUACCAGUACAGAUUACAGAAGAUGAAGCCGCUGUGUAUGAUCGGCAAAUCCGUUUGUGGGGGCUUGAAGCACAGCAGAGGAUGCGAAAUGCGACCAUCGUCGUGGUAUGCCUAAGAGGGACUGCCACGGAGACAAUCAAAAACAUCGUGCUUGCUGGCAUUGGAAAAUUAAUUAUUAUUGACGGCGAAGACGUCACGGACGCGGACCUGGGUUCAGGGUUUUUCUUCAGAGACGAAGACGGCAAGAAAAGAGUCGAUGCCGCCAAGGCUAGAGUAGAGAGCCUUAAUCCCCUUGUGAAAGACGCGGACCUAGUAUGCGUCACGGAUUGGCGACGGGACGGCCUGAUACAGCUCAACGAAGUGUGCCGUCGGCUUGGUAAACCCCUCUAUGCUGGCGGCACAUUUGGCCUCUUUGGCUACAUCUUCUGUGACUUGCUGAACCACGAAUAUAUUGCCCCAGACCGGUCCGUGACCAAAGAUGGUCCCAAAAAUGUCAGGAUGACCACGGCGUAUUCAACGCUGCAUAUGGCACUCCAACACAAAUGGUCGGGGUUAACGAAAAGGCAGACCAAAGAGCUAAACCCCGCCGUUGUUUAUGGAAUCCUCGCCGUAUGGGAGUUCCAGUCACUCCACGGGGGCAGUCUUCCAGAUAGUUCUGAGCACGCAGACGAACUGGAGGCAAUAGCUAACAAGCUUUUGUCAGCUGCCGAUGUCAACAAACAAGUAGCUACCGCUAUCCCUCGUACGCUCAUUGAAACACUGUCAACGACCGCUCAACAUGAAUUUUCCCCUGUUUGCGCGGUGGUAGGUGGCAUGCUUGCGCAGGAUAUCCUGAAAGCCCUCGCGGCGCGGGAACCGCCGAUAGCAAACUUCUUUACCUUUGAUGGGGAUACUGGCGGAGGGACCGUGUGUCGUAUGAAUAUGCCCUGA